UACGUUUCAUUGUGCUUCACUGUUUCUAUUGAAGAACUGCUGUCUCUGUUUUUUGUAAAAUGGCAGAAUCCAGAAUUUCAGUGGGUCAGGAUCAGUUCAGCUGUUCAGUUUGUCUGGAUUUACUGAAGGUAACCCUCACCUGUGGACACAGUUACUGUAUGAGCUGUAUUACAGACUGCUGGGAUCAGGAUGAUCAGAAGGGAGUCUACAGCUGCCCUCAGUGCAGACAGACCUUCACUCCAAGACCUGUUUUAGGUAAAAACACCAUGCUGGCUGAAGUGCUGGAGAAACUCAAGAAGACCAAACUACAAGCUGCUUGUCCUGAUCACUGUUACGCUGCAUCUGCAGAUGUGGAGUGUGACGUCUGCACUGGGGAGAUAAACAAAGCCAUCAAGUCCUGUCUGGUGUGUCUGAACUCCUACUGUCAAAAUCAUCUCGAACAACAUGACACUUUCUUCAAAGGUAAAAGACACAAUCUAAUGGACGCCACUGGACAACUGCAGGAGAUGAUCUGCCCUCAACAUGAGAAACUACUAGAGGUCUUCUGUUGUAGUGAACAGAAAUGUGUUUGUUUGCUGUGUAUGGUGGAUGAACACAAAAACCACAAUAUUGUAUCAGCUGCAGCAGAGAGAACUAAGAAACAGAAACAAUUGAGUGAGAUGCAAAGAAAAAACCAGCAGAGAAUCCAGGAGAGACAGAAGGAGCUUGAUGAGCUGAGAGAUGCUGUAGAGUCUCACAAGCGCUCUGCACAGGCAGCAGUGGAGGACAGUGAGAGGAUCUUUACUGAGCUGAUCCGCUCCAUUGAGAGAAGCCGCUCUGAGGUGACACAGCUGAUCAGAGAUCAGGAAAAAGCUGCAGUGAGUCGAGCUGAAGAACAACUGGAGCGACUGGAGCAGGAGAUUGAAGAUCUGAGGAGGAGAGAUGCUGAGCUGGAGCAGCUUUCAUAUGCAGACAAUCACAUCCAUUUUCUUCGGAGUUUCCAGUCUCUCUCUGUUCCUCCUAAAUCUACAAACACACCCAGAAUCACUGUCAGUUCUUGUCUCUCUUUUGAUGAUGUUGGUAAAUCUGUUUUUCAUCUGAGAGAGAAAUUGGAUCAUUUCUGCAGAGAAGAGAUAGAAAAGAUAUCUGGUAAACUAACAUGCAUUGAGAUCUUUUCGAUUUCUGAGCCCAAGACCAGAGAGGAAUUUCUACAAUAUUCCCAUCAGUUCACUCUGGAUAUAAAUACAGUAAAUAAAAAUGUUUCUCUGUCUGAUGGGAACAGGGUGAUUGAAUACACUCAGACAGUCCAGUCAUAUCCUGAUCAUCCAGACAGAUUUGACUACUGGUCACAGGUGUUGUGUAGAGAGAUUGUGUGUGGACGCUGUUACUGGGAAGUUGAGUGGAAUAGUGAGGUGGAAAUAUCAGUGUCAUAUAAGAGCAUCAGCAGAAAGGGACAGGAAAAUGAGUGCCAGUUUGGUUGUAAUGAUCAGUCCUGGAGUUUGUACUGCUUUGACACCAGCUGCUCAUUCUGGCACAGUAACAAACAGACUAAACUCCCUGAGGUUUCCAGCUCCUCUAGAAUAGGAGUGUAUGUGGAUCACGGUGCAGGAACUCUGUCCUUCUACAGCGUCUCUGACACAAUGACCCUCAUUCACAGAGUCCAGACCACAUUCACUCAGCCUCUCUAUCCUGGGUUUGGAGUGUGUUUUACAUUUGGACCACACAUUUCAAAAGUAAAACUGUAA